GGCUGUGGGAGCUGCUACCUGGAAGCGUGGAGGAGGCGAGGUUCUGGAGCACGCAUGGGGCUGGGUCCGCGCUCUGUUCACAAGGCGCGACGCCAGUUCCCGGGUGCCGGCCGACGGGGGCGCGGGGCCCCGUGUUCCGGGCGUCCCCCUCCGGGCCGCGAUGGGUGUCCCCGGCCGCCGGCGGCUGCCGCGCGCGGGGAACAGGCCCCAGAGGCUCUCCCGCACCUGAGUCCCGAUGCGCUCGGGUAUUUCCGACGGGCGCUGUCAGCGCUGAAAGAGGCUCCCGACGCCGCGGAAGAACGAGACUUGAUGGUGCGCAAUAUUUUGAAGGAAGUGGAGGCUCAGGCUCUAGCCUUGGCCACGAACAGGACUGGUAGCGAAAUGCUGCAGGAACUUUUGGGGUUCAGUCCUUUGAAACCUCUCUGUCGAGUGUGGGCUGCUCUGCGCCCCAAGUUGCGCUUCGUGGCUUGUCAUCGGUGUGGGGUCCACGUCUUGCAAAGUGCUUUGCUGCAGCUGCCUCGGUUGCUAAGUAGUCCUGCAGAAGCGGAGGAGGAGGAGGAGGAAGAGGACGGGAAGCAUGGUCCCUUGCAGACCCUGGAGGAGCUAGUCCUGGGACUAGCCUCUGAAGUGUCUGACGAUUUUCUUUUCUUCUGUGGAGACACGCAUGGAAGCUUCGUGGUCAGAACUCUGCUGCAAGUGUUAGGAGGUACUCUCCUGGAGUCUGAGAGGACCAGGUCUCGUGCUUCCCAGUCAUCUGAAACACAAAGGACCUCAGCUCGGGAAUGUAAGCGCACUGAUUUUGAGGUUCCUAAAACCUUCUUGAAUCACCUUCAGGACCUGAGUGCCUGUUUUCUGAAGGACAUUGCAGUGUUUAUCACCGACAAGAUCUCCAGUUUUUGUCUUCAAGUGGCCUUACAGAUCUUACACUACAAAUUACCUCAGUAUUGUGCUCAUCUCUGUGAUGCUAUAAUUGAUUACCUGAGUUCUCGUAAUUCUUCAGCAGAUGGCAGCCCUCUACUCCUGUUUCUCCGCGAUCAGACGAGCUCCAGGCUCUUGGAGCAGGUGCUGCUGGUAUUAGAACCAGCGAGGCUCCAGCGCCUCUUUGAGGAUCACUUCCAAGGCCAGCUGCAUUCCUUGGCUGCACAUCCCAUUGCUAACUUCCCCUUGCAGCGCUUACUGAAUGCAAUCACUUCACCUGAGUUGCUGUCACUUGUGUUUGAGGAGCUGAGUCCUGCCUUGGAAGCUGUGUUGGCCCAGGGCCACCCAGGGGUAGUUGUGGCUCUGGUGGAAGCCUGCCGCAGGGUUGGGACUCACCAAGCCCAGGUCUUGCAGCUGUUAUUGGAGGCAUUCCACUGUGCAGAGCCCUCAUCCCGGCAAGUAGCCUGUGCGCCUCUCUUUGCCUCUCUGUUGGCUUAUGAGGUUUACUAUGAACUGACGGAGGAGGAGGGGGCAGUGCCUGCAGAGCAUCAGGAAGAAAUGGCCGCAGCCAGAGCUCUGAGGGAAGUGACCGUACUUGGGUCUCUGCUGCUCCAGCAUUUGUUGUAUUUCUCCAACCCUGGACUUGUACUUCGGAGUCUGAGCGCCUUGACAGGACCACAGCUCCUGGCUCUGGCCCAAAGCCCUGCUGGUUCUCAUGUAUUUGAUGCCAUCCUGACUAGCCCCUCUGUGACGCAGAAGCAGCGUCGCCGUGUGCUGAAGACCCUAAAGGGGCAGUAUGUGGCUCUUGCCUGUAGCCGCCAUGGCAGCCGAGUGUUAGAUGCCAUCUGGAGUGGAGCAGCUUUAGGGGCCCGGAAGGAAAUCGCUGCUGAACUGGGAGAGCAGAACCAGCAGUUGAUUCAAGAUGCUUUUGGCCACCAUGUGGCCCGGAAUGUGGCCCUGACUACCUUCUUGAAGCGGCGAGCGACUUGGGAACAGGAGCAGAGUGCUGUGGCCAAGAGGAGACAGGCAUUGAACUCUAUACUUGGAGACUGAGGCCUCGAGGCCUGGGGAUAGGUGUUGAUGGGAGGGUGAGGGGACAUACCUGUCCUUCCUGCUCUCAAUCGGAGUCACAGGUCUUACAGGAGAAGAUGUAGUAACACACAAACCUGUAAACCUACACUACUCAGAAGGUUGAAACGAGAACUAAAGACUUCACUGGGAUUAAAGGUAUGCCAACAAGACUCAAAAACAAAAACAAAACCCAAGCCAAAAAUUCAAUGCUAGCCUGGUCUAUGGUAGCCAGAUCCUGUUCAUCCCUUUGUUUGUCUCUGUCCAUCUGUUCCCCCCGCUCCAGGCAUACUGAUAAACAUUUUUGUAUUUUUCUUGGG